CAUUGUGGAUUUUUUUUUAAAAGUAAACGAUUUCUAAAUGAAGCGCAGACUAAAAUUUCUUUAAAAUUCCGUUUCGCACGAAACGUUAUUGUUUAUUUCUAUCGUGUAUUUCGUGACCGUUCUUUAAUUUUCGGUAUUUUCUUUUUAAACAGAAAUUUAAUUUACCAUGUACGACAAUAUUUUGUCAUUUCCAAAAACAAUCGAGGAGUAUCAAAUCCUCGAACAAAUCGGAAGAGGUGGUUUUGCUGUUGUUCACCGGGCAAAAUGUUUGGUGACGGGGAGGAUUGUGGCAAUAAAAAUGAUCGAUAAACUACAUGCCAAAGAUGCUAAAAUGCAAAAUGUUGUUAUACGUGAAGUAACAAUACAUGCAGUUCUAAAACACCCAGCUAUUUUGGAGCUAUACACAUAUUUUGCAGACGAUAAGUACAUGUACUUAGUACUGGAAUUGGCUGAAAACGGAAGUUUGAAACAUUUGAUUGAUCGUCGAUUUCGUUUGAAAGAAGAUGAAGCGGCUGACAUUAUCAGCCAAGUGGUGAAUGGACUUCUUUUCCUACAUACAAACAAAAUUCUACAUCGGGACAUUUCAUUGGGCAAUCUACUGCUAACAAGUGACAAUCGCAUAAAAAUUGCCGACUUUGGAUUAGCAACAAAAUUGACUUCUACCGGCGAUAAACACAUGACAAUGUGUGGAACACCGAACUAUAUAUCACCAGAGGUGGUCUCACGAGAUUAUGGACUUCCAACCGAUGUGUGGGGUUUGGGAGUUGUUUUGUAUCACCUGUUAGUUGGUCGUGCUCCAUUUGAAGCAAAUACAAGUGAAAGAGAGGCUAUCAAAUCAACAUUCACAAAUAUUGUGAAAAAGGACCAUGAACUACCUACUUAUCUGUCCUGGGAGGCAAAGGAUUUAAUCGACAGGCUCUUGUGCAAAAAUCAGAACCAGAGAAUCAAACUAGAGGAGGUCAUGAAUCACUCAUUCAUCGCACAGCAUGCAAAGAAACAUUUAAACGGACAUUUGUCCGGCGAUAGUGGUUUGUCGCGGACAUCAUCAUCGCAAAAUGUAUCACAAAACCCGUUCCUUCGGUCUCGAUCUGUCGAUCGACACAACAAUCAGUUAUCAGUGUACUACGAAAAUACAGCACCUGGUCGAACGUCUUCCUCGCUAUACAACUAUGAAGAGGAUGACUAUGCCUGCAAAAACGUCAACGAAUACAUGAGUCCUGCGAGAAAUGUCCCAAGAUAUCGAAGUUUGGAUGUGAUUCCAGCUGGUGAUUGUGCCUUGAACGUAAAAGAUCCAUCUCAAAAUUACCGACACGCUCUGCGUGAUCGGUGCGUGAAUGAUUAUAACAAUCCGUACGACACCGGGCAGAAAAUCGGCAGAGCUUGUCCAGAGAGUCCGAAUUACUUCCAACAACCGCGUUUACAAAGUCCUUUCAAGACGUCAAGCCCAGCUAACGCAAACAAGGAACCAACAACAGAAGAGAAACUGAGUGUAUCGCCGCUGACAACCGCUCAUCUUCCACCAUACGAGUAUAACGUUCAGAAAUUUACUUUCAAAAUUCAAUCGAAUGGUGAACUCAUCAUCGAAAGCCGUAAAGGUAGAAGCAACAAUAUCGACAGUGUCUAUCGAAUAUCCAAUGAUGGUUUGCAAAUUGCGGUGCAUAAGCCGAACGUUCAGAGCGGUUUCAGAGAUUCUGUCUUCACAUACAGCACACUACCUUCAGUUCAUUGGAAUAAAUACAAAAUCGCAGCGAAAUUCAUUACAUAUUUACGUGAGAAAACUCCAAUUGUAACGUAUUAUACACCCACAGCUAAGUGCGAGUUGAUGGUCACACUGAAAGACUUUAAGGUCUCGUUCGAGACUGGGGAAAAAAUUAUUAAAACUGCGUACGACGUAAAACUGAUCGACAGCAAUGGUCAUACAUCGUGGCCCAGUGGUAAAUUAAGUGAAACGAAUAAAAUGCUCUGGGAGCACUACGAAAAAUGUUUGACUGUAUGCCUACGACAAUAUGAAUCAGUUAAUCAAAUGGAACCAUCCGGUUGUUGUUUUCCACUGACAAUGGGUCAAAGACCACAGAACGGUAGAAGCCGAUUGGGUGAAUGUACUCCUCAGACACCACCGAGUAUUUCAUCAUUCGCAUUUUCGACAGACACACCAGCAUCAGCAGUGAGAACAAGAGUACAAAAUCGAAUAAGAUAGCGUCGAUAACGGACACAAUUUAGUUAUAGAUAGUUGCAUUGGUUGUACAGUGCCGAAUUGUAAAAUUAAUUUUCUUUAUUUUAGUGUUCAAUUUCAACGAAGAUGAUGGCUUUAUUGUCAAUAAAUUAUAUAGAUUGUG